AGAGGAAGGUGAGCGCACAUUUCUACGCACCUACACACGUAAUAUACAGUACGGACUACGGAGUAUGACUUAACAACAUUCCCAAAAACUGCACUGCGUUUCCUUCUUCGAGAAGCUUUUCUCACUCCCUCUCUUCCUCCAUUCACGACUUCUCCAUUAUCUCUCUACAUGGAGACGGUCAGCUCUUGCAGUUCAUCUUUCAGAGAUUGUAAUACGGAUAUGGAGCUGCUGCUUGAAGCUUUUGGUUCUUCUUUUUCACUAGAGACUUUAACAUCUGCUUACUCCCAAGCAAAUAGCAAUGUGGAAAUGGCUGGUGUCAUUCUUUGUGAAUUACAGGGAGCUACUGCAGUAUCCCAGGAAUCCAAAGAUGGCAUGGAUGUAGCUUAUUUAUCAUCAGUAGGGCUUUCUACUGAAGGGAAUGGUACAGGUCCUGCAGACAACCAUGUUCCUGGUUUGAAGUCAACAAUGUCAACAAAUGAGUUUCCUAGAAUUCAAUCUUCUGAAAUGCACGCAAAUGAAUCAUUAACUGCCUCAUGUAGUAAUACGGGGAAGGAUGAUAACAUGCAUGAAGACAUCGGAGAGUUUCUUUUCAGAAUGCUAGGAGAUGGGUUUCAACUUGACACAAAAGUGAUCCAUGAAGUUCUUGGCUUCUGUGGAUAUGAUCUGGAAAAGAGUGUGGAGAAGCUUGUUGAUCUAUCAGCUUCAACCCUUGAGAAAAGUGAUGAUGUUAGCGUAUGCGCUGAAAAAGAGAUGUAUGUGUAUCUGAAGAAUGGUUCAAUUUCUGAGAAGUCGCAGUCAGGUGUUUCACUAAGUAAUGAUAGAUUGGUGAGGCAAAAUGGAAAAGAAUCACGUAAGAAAAACAACGAUAAGUAUGAUUUGCAGAGAGAAAUUUUGGGAGCACUUUUUUCAGGCCCUGAAAGAGUAGAGCAGAUACCUAAAAAAACUAGUGCUAGAUCCAGGAGAUCGAGAAUGCAUGGGAGAACGGCUGUUGAACCUGUGAAAGAGACAAACAUAGAGAAAACAUUUGUUACUGUGAAACCAUUAGCAGGUCACAAUGAAGUUGAAGAAAAAGAGGAUGAAAAUAGCUUCCCAGUCCUUCGCCAAGCUGUUAAGGAGAAUUGGGCAACUAUGAAAGAUUACUGCAAAGCUGCUACUGAUGCAUACGCUAAGGGUGAUCGAGUGAGGGCCUAUAAGCUUAUGAAAGAGUGUCAAUUCUACAACAGGAAGGCACGAGAAGCUGAUGAAAAGUCUGCACAUAAGCUUACAGAAACAAGUUCAGAGGACGAGUUGUUGCUUGAUAUCAGUACCUUUGAACUUAAAGAAGCCAUUAAACUUUUGAAGGUUCAGCUCUCUAAUUUCGCAGGCAUCCUGAGUUAUCUUAAGGUAUUUGUCGGGGAUGAUGGUGGGGAGAACAGGAAGAAACGAUUGUGCAGGUUUUAAAACUUCUGGAGAGGGAAUCUAUUCCAUGCACUGAAGAAGAGAAUGGAAAGACCGUAGUGAUCCAACUGGAUAAAAUCGAUCCAAAGACCUUGAGCUUCACCAAGAAGUAGUGAAUUUAACCCUAGAGUAGUAUCACAAUUUAAACUUGAGAACUUUAAUCAUUUAUGCUGUUACUUGGGGGGUUACAUAUUUUUGAUAACUGUGCUGGAAUAUGGGCACCUGGACCAUGUGCAUUGCAAAUCUUCCUUAAGUGCAUUCUUUUGAACUCGAACAUCAGAGUUAAGUUGUGAUCAGAUCCGAGUUGUAAAGAAUGGUCAAUUUCCUUAUUGGAUGUCUGAAAUUUGGUGUUUA